UAGACGACGGUGAAAUAUUAUCUUGUUUGUAAUUAUUAAGAAAAGGAGGUUGAUUUGAGGGUGACUUCACUCCCAUGGUGCUGACAGGGCUGAUGCAUCCACAUGGCAGACUGCCCCCUCUACAGGCGAUUGGCAGAACUACUACUUUUGAUGAUGUUGACAACACUCUCUACUUCUCAUUGGAGUCCGAUGUUGGAUAUCCUGGUGAACAGUCAUUUUUUCCAGAGAGAGAGCAGAGAAAGUUUGGCCAGAAUGAUGGAGAGCUGGCUACAAAGCUUCUACAGCGCAGUUUUCAUGUGCUGGAACCUGGUUCUCAUGUCUGUAAGAAGACACCAGAGCACAGCAGUUCCAGCUUCACUCAUUGCACAAAUGGCAUGUCAAUUGCCAGACAGUAUGCUCAGCUGCGUCACCUGAUGGAAGAGCAGGCCAUUUUGGACUUCGUACGUGAUUACGUUUUUCGCAUAAAGGCACUUACCGCUUUUGUGAAAGAUUUAGAAAACCUUGUAUACAAUGAAUACCAGACAUGGUACAGUAUCAUGCAUAACUCCCUCACUCAUGCUCCUAACAGCAAACUUUUCUGUCUGACAACGGUCUGUGAAGACCUGCGCAUCCAUGUUAAUCACUGGAACUGUAUCAAACAGAGGCUGUACACAGAUCGCUGGCUUAAGACAUCGCAGAAGAGGCUUAGUUUUGAGCUGGAUCUUGUACGGCAGGUCUUGUUCAAACUGCAGGACUGUGCCAUUUGGUGGGUCGAAAGGCUAAUUAAGAUUGGUUUGGAGGUGUUCGGCAACUCUGAUGGGGAAAGUGUAACUCAGGAUAUGUUGUGGAAUAUAUGCCGUGGUAUGGAGGAGUUUAACUCCAUUGUGACCAGUGUUCAUCAUACCCCAGGCAAGGAGGGCAGCCAGCCACUGUUUCCUCUGAAGUGCCAUAAUAGACACAGGUCUUUACAGCUGACAGCCAGGGGAAAUAACUGCAUUCCUCACAUCGGAAGCUCUCUGCGACCAAUUUCAUUUUCUAGGGUACUUGGCAUCAUUUCUGGUGAGCGGGCGAAGUAUGCGGCUGUGAAAGCUCAUCGUUUUUUCACAACUAGUGAUUGGUUUGUGACAUUGGUACACAAUACAAACUUGGUGCAUUUUUUCUGGAAAGUAGAAGAUUCAAGAAUUCGAUCUGUAAAACAAGCUAACUGUUGCUCAGUUCAGUCGGAGAACCAGCAGACUUCUGACUACUACACCACCUCAAGUGUUGCCUCUCCAAAUCUCGUGUCCCCACUUUUUCAGAUACACAAUAUGGCUAUGCCAGAUCUUUCUGUGAAUUCACCUCUAAUAGACUUUGCUGAGCAGGAACAAGACUUCAUUGGUCGUUUCUUAAAUGUUGCUUCUAGUUCUACAAACCUUUUACGCAAAAAUGGAACUUCUGUUGAUCGAGGAAGUGGGAAGUCUAAGGGGUAUAGGAGCCCCGCCCGACCCCCACGAGGGCCUGUGGACGAAUCUGCGUUGCUGAGAUCAGACUUAAAACGUAAAUGUGUGUCUUGGGGAGACUCAGUGGACAAUUCUGUCAGAUUGCAGGUGGCCUCGAGAUAUAUGGAGACUCUGUGGCAAGGCUUCCAGAUUCAGCUGGAUAUGUUUUUCAAGGAUUGCUUAUGGGGGCUGGAGGAUGAUUAUGUGGAUACAGAGUUGGGCAGUAUUGUCCUCUGCCGAGAAACCACUGUGAUGAUUGUACGUCAGUUAAUAGCCCAUUCCUGUGCUCAAGAUCAUUUUCCUUCCGGAUGUGUGUCACCUCUGAUGUCGGUGAGAAGGGACCUUCUUCAUUCCUCUGCCUUCACAGCCUGGCACUCAGGAUUAUGUCGAGCCCUGGGAUCAUUUGUGACUGACAAGUUUUACCCCUGCCCCCUGGUGACGGGCGACUACAGCACAAAGACAGGGAUGCUGCUACGGGACACAUUCCAACCCCUCCACUGUGCCCUGACAGAUCAGGCUGUUGGGGAGAAACUUACCAGUAAAGGGGCCAUACCCAAGCCGCGACCAGACCUGUGGGUUGUUGUGAAGCUAGCAUCUCGCCUGCUGUCCACAUGUCACACGGCCCACCUCUGGUGUUACUCCAAAACCUACCAACUGUUGGCUUCCUGGUCUAUAGGCUCCUUCCUGCUGGUCACCCAGACUGACCUCAAGAUGUUGGCUGAUGAGACAGCACACGGAGUUCGGCUCACACAGACCUUGUUAAACCUGAUCAUCGGGAGCUCUGGCAUCCCGUUACAGAAUCCCCUGGCUCAAGAGCUGGCUUCUCUAAAUCAGCAGCUUCAGGACAUCAGUGGUCAGCUACAGACACUGUCAGGAGCUGCAAUGAAGCUGUUUGGGGAAAAGUGUCGCAGCAAAUCUUCACAGGUAUUCCAAGAUGUCAUGCCUCCUGGCAAAACAUGGAAAAGGAGAACAUCGGAAGGGCAUCCUACCAAGCACAGUGCCUAUGUAGAAGAGGCAAUAGACUGUAUCCUUGAACCUGUCUUGGAAGGUGUCAACAAAUUAAAGUCCACUUCCCAAGUAGGGGUCAUUUCCAUUGCAACAGUGGCUAUGUGUGAAGCAUGGACGGAAUUCAUCUUAAAAGAAAAAAUCAAAUUUAGUGUUGAUGGAGCCUAUCAACUGGCAUUAGACUUCAGGUUUGUACGCACCUGGCUUAGUGAGUACAUUGCGAACGACGAGGUCAGACAAAGUGUCCUUGAACUCACCGUAUUUCGUAAAUUAAAUGGAAUCGUACAGCUGUUGAUGAAGCAACCCAAAAAGAAAUCUCAGGAUACUCGCUCUAUUGAUGAUAUUAACUGUGAUUCCAGCCUACACUCAGAGAGCACCCAUGGCAGUUUGGAGGUGGUUGCUUCACAGACCCGACCAUCAGUCCCCAACCUGCAGAAUAGUCAGGUAGAGGACUCUGACAUGAAUCAUGUACAGCACAUUGACUCCUGGCUCGCUCUCAGACUUCAUGGGUCUACACGCUGGAAACUCUCCUCUUGUUUUACUGGUGAUCCCUCAUAACUUUAUCUAAACUGUGAACAGACCUCAUAGCAAAACUCUCCUCUUGUUUUACUGGUGAUCCCUCAUGGCUUUAUCUAAACUGUGAACAGACCUCAUGGCAAAACUCCUCUUGUUUUACUGGUGAUUCCUCAUAACGUCUAAACUGUGAACUGACUUCAUGGUGAAACUCUCCUCUUGUUUUACUGGCAAUCCCUCAUAACUUUUCAACAAUGACUUCAUGGCUCCAUGCACAAUAUAUUUGCUGGAAAAUCGUCUCACCUUCUACUGGGGAUUUCUCAGAACUCCAGUUCUGUGAACAGACUUCAGCGCUUUAUGAGCUGGAGCUGUCUCCUCCUGGGUUAAUAUUGAUCUAACUUAUUAACCGUUUAUUUACAUGUACCAAAUAUGGACAAUAGUUUGGGAAUAGUCCAGGUUAUCUCAGCCCUAACCACUUACAUGUAAGUUAGUGUUUCAAGAAAACACCUCUAUGGACACAAGUUACCUAUAGAGAUGCCUAUGCCACAGACCCACCAGGUCAGUCUUUUAAAAACUGAUUAGGAAUUAAUGUUUUUUCAAUGCUUUGUUUUAGAUUAUUCAAUGUUAAUUAUUUUUUAACUUGAUAAUUGUUACAUUAUCUGUAACAUUAUUUUAAAGAUUUUAAUCCUUCAUUGGAAGAGACAAAAGGGCAUGACAAGUAUCUGCAUAUACAUUGUUUAUUUAUUGUGAUUCGUUGUUCAGUGGUAAAAUUACAUGUAUUACUUGUUGAAUUUAUUAUAUACUACAUGUGUAUUGAAAUACAUGUAAUUUAUUACAAAACUCUUAAUUAAGUAUAGUGUUAAAACCCAAGCAUUUAUACAUACAUACAAAACUCUUUCUAAACUGCUUUGAAAAUGCACGUGAAAUGGAACAUGCACUAGGUUGUGCUAAGGUAUCCAUGCUGCCAGUUCCCGAGGUAUUGGUGACAAAAUAAAGCUUGGCACCAGUUGUAUGGCUGUUUAUGUGACAUAGUUUGAAAUCACUCUUCAGAUGAAAAUCUGUGCAUCAUGCAGUGAAAUUUGUCCAUUACUUGUCAAAGGGUGGUCGUUCACUGCAAUUUCUUCCACCCAUGAAACUAUAUAAAAAAAAGCAGCUGUUAGGAAACUGAAACAUUCAAGUACAGAGUAAAUCUUAAUGAAAUAAGUGCUUAGUGGGCUAUUAAAAAGAGUCAGUGAAAAGUUUUUGUCUCUGCAGGCAGUGAUUUCUAAAGAGGUGCCAGGAUGUAGCUUUUCAGAGCUGUACCUGUAGUCUUUGGGUAAUAUGUGAUAAGCACAAUUUAUACAUAAUCAUUCAGUUAUAUCUUGUUCGCCAGGUGUGCAGAACAUGUUAGUCUCUUUGGAAUGUCCAUCAUAUCUUAUGUUAUGUCUCGUGUAACAUCUGUCCUAUAUCUUGAGAACAAAACCAAUUUUAACAUGUCUUUGGAUCAUUAUUUAGCCUUUACAGCCUUAUAAAAUUUGGCUUGCCUUGCUAAGUAUCAGUAGGGACCUAUACCCCACCUGAAGUAAUUCCUGCCUUUGAGAGACAAGUGGGAAAGUAGUACUCGUGUAUUACAAGAAAACUAUGGACAAUUCAGCGUGGACCCAAGUCACCAUUUGUGGGGGAAAAAAAUACCUUGACAUUAGUUUUGUAUUUGCGACAUGGUAUAUGUAUGUUUAAUGCACUUUUUGCCAGUCCAUGAGUUAGAAAUGUUCACAAAAUUGGGAAUUGAAAGCUGUACGGGUAUGCAGGCUGAGUGAUGCAUAAUAAGCUGAAAACCAAAGCACUAUGUCAUUUGAAAUUGUGAAAUCAGAAUUCUGAAUGGUGUAUGAAGAUUUUCUUAUGGGAGUCCUUUACUGUUGUCAUUAGCAUUAUAUCAUAAGCAACCCAUUCUACACUGAACAAAAAUAUAAACGCACGAACAAAUAUUUUCUGUUAUUUUUAUGUCACAAAAUAUAGUACAUAUCCCAAAACAAUGGGACAUAUUUCUGAACAAUUCAGCUUUAAUUUGCGAGCAUUGCAAUCAAUUCUCAAGCAAUAGUCCUGCAGUAAUGGCAGGAAGAGGACAAUGGGGGUCAAUGGGCCAAGUUCACAGACGUCAGUAACGCGUGUGACCACCAUUAGCCUCGCGUAGAGCUGUACACCGGCGACGCAUGGAUAUCACCAAGUUGUCAAUUGUGGGCUGGGGGAUGUUGUCCCAGUCCUCCUGGAGUGCCACUCGCAUUUGGCGAAUGUUCUGGGGAACUGGAACCCGGUGGCGGACACGCCUAUCCAGAACAUCCCAGAGGUGUUCAAUGGGUGACAUGUCUGGUGAAUACGGCGGCCAGUUGAGGACAGGAAUAUCCUCCUCCUCAAGGAAGUCCCUGCAUAUCCUGGCAGUGUGUGGGCAGGCGUUGUCGUGUUGGAAAGUCAAAUGAUGGAGCACCACAAAGGGGGCAACAAUAGGUCUAAGGAUUUCAUCUCGGCAACGUUGUUGAAAUGCAGACGUGUGCGCUGUCCAUGACAAAUGCCUGCCCACACCAUGACACUUCCGCCACCAUAAGCCACCCAUCGCAGGACAUUAGCGUCAGCAUACCGCUCACCAGCACGGCGCCAAACCCGAACUCUGCCAUCAGCAUGGUGCAGCUGGAAGCGAGAUUCGUCACUAAAGAGCACAGUCCUCCAACGAGCAAGUGUCCAGCACACAUGAAUAUUGGCCCAGUCCAGUCGUGUCCGACAUCGGGCUACCGUUAGGUCGAUGCCCUGGUGUGGUCGACGUGACCGGAGAUGAGCCUCCCGCAGCCGGUUCCUGACUGUCUGGGCUGAAAUCCACCUGUUGUGAAGACCGACAGUCUCAUCAGCAGUUCUGGUUGCUGGGCGGGUCCGAUCACGCAGGUGUUGGAGCCGCAUGUGCUGGUCUCGUGCGGGCGUGGUCACACGUGGCCGGCGGGCAUGUGCGCGGUUGACUGUGGUACCAGUCUCUCUGAAGCGAGUCCUCAGGCGGCUGAUAGUGGAAUGAUGCACAUUCAGUUGGGCUGCCACAGCAGUAACAGAUAACCCAGCAUUAAGCAUGCCAAUGGCACGCUCCCUCAUGAUUUGUGGCAUGUCGGCAUGUGGCACAAAUCCACACUUUGGGGUGGCCUUUUACUGAGCAAGCUGUAAGGAAUGUCUGCGUGUUGCUCACGCACACUGACCAUCGCACUGUCACGCCCCAUUGGUCACAUGGGUUGACUUUUUCAGCAUACGAGUAUACCCACUCAGAAUGGUCAUUUGCAAUGGGACCACUUGUGUUGUGCAACACGAAGGACCCAUUAAACAAAUAUAUCACUGGUUUGACCAUUUCCAAAUAAUGGUCAGUUUGACUUGGAUAUAUAGGUUGGUGCGUUUAUAUUUUUGUUCAGUAUAGUAUUUUCUGGGCCCUCUAGUUACAUAAUGAGAACAUUUUCCUGCUUUAAGUACCUCAGGCCUAAGCCCUGUACAUGUACUCUAUGGUUCAUUCCUCCCCCUGUGAUGACGAGUUCUGCAUCAGACUGAUGGUAGUAUUCCUCAUUCAUAGCAGGACAACCAUGGUCAAUCUGUCUUGCGCCCCGAGUUACCAUUGCACAGCAAAAGGUACAUUAUUGCAACAUGUCAGUAAUGACAGUAGUCUGCUCCAUUUAAGUAAUAUUACAGUCUCUUGCUUUGUAGUAGUUCAACCUGUAACAUGUAUAACUAGAAGAUCGAUCCAAUCAUGUACUAGAAUUGCAUUUUUGAUUCUGUUAGAGUUGGUCCUGUAGAUUGAUGUAUUAGAGACAAUAUGGCUUUGAUACUGCCAAUGUGGCAUUAAACCACAUUCAUUCAUUCUGGUGGAUUGACCUUUGACCUAUAAGGUCAUGCAAGUUCAACUCCAGUAUGAAUGUUCAGCUGUUGAUAUCAUUAGUGUCUUAUACUGAUCUAGAUUUAAAGUUUUAAUUAACUGUUUAGUAAUACUAGAAUGAUUUCCCAAUUAUUAAUUAUUACUGAAAUGUCAUAAGGAGUACAAGUGCUGCUUGCAGAGCAUGUGAACCAAAGCUGGGAUGGACUGACUUGUGACCUGACUUGUGUGAUCAGACUUGUGUGAUCUGACUUGUGUGAUCUGACUCCUGUGAUCAGACUUGUGUGAUCUGACUCCUGUGAUCAGACUUGUGUGAUCUGACUCGUAUGGUCAGGAAGACCACUGAGCCUUGUUCAGAGUCACAGAAUAUUAUUAAACUACAUGUCUCUAUAUAAGAUGUCUGCCCUGUUGUUUUCUCUCACAGAUGCAAAUUUAAUUUUUCAUACUGAUAGAUCUACAAGAGUGUAAAUCCUGGUGUAAUUGAAUGAAUGCUAAUUGUCACUCGCUGGUUUUAGUACGUAUUCUUUCCAUUGAUGUCCAUUCAGGUUCCAUUUCUUGAUUCCUCUCUAUGUUGGUUAAUAGCACUGAUUAAGAUCUUUGCUUUGCAGAUCCCAUAUUCUUAGUACAAAGA